AGGUUACGUCUGCAUCAUCACCAACGUGGCCUCGAAAUGAGGGAAAACGGCCGUAAACUACACUCAGCUUGUCGAUUUGCACGCCAGAUACGCUGAGAGGGGUUUACGCAUCCUGGGUUUUCCCUGCAACCAGUUUGGAAAACAGGAACCCGGGGACGAAGCUCAGAUUAAGGCGUUUGCGGAGAAGUACGGGGUGAAGUUUGACAUGUACAGCAAGAUCGAGGUGAACGGGGACAACGCCCACCCGCUCUGGAAAUGGAUGAAGGACCAGCCCAAAGGAAGAGGCACCCUGGGCAACGCAAUAAAAUGGAACUUCACCAAGGUAGGACACA